GCCAAGUAGAAUUUAAAGGUGAGGGAGGAAUGAGAUGAGGAUUAGGUAGGAAAUUAUUAUUAACUUAUGAAUAACGAAUGAGUGAAAAGUCAUUAUUGUUAAGUGUUUAAGAAUCGAUUAUGGUGUGUAUGAUACAAUUUGCCAUGAUUUAGUUCAAUUACUUUGUUGGCUACAUUUGCUUGGUUCAGCAACAUCAUGGAUAUAGUAGAACCGGUACCAAUCAUCUUCAAUUGUUAGAUAGGAAAGUAAAUCAACAGACAAAAAGGUUCCUGGCUUCUCUAGUAUGAGAAGAUUGUCCAGUGAUUCAGUCCUCAAAGAUGUCAUCCAAAGGUAAUUUAAUAGAGGGAAAACCGCCGGUUUUAUCAACCAUGUCUCCUCCUACCCCCAAGCUGGCUUUAAACUCUGAUUUGAAUGAGUUUGUUUGCGGCUGGGGUGCUGCGAUUGUCAACAUCACCAUCACUUUUCCGCUCAACAAGAUUAUCUUUCGCCAGAUGUUACACAAUGUUGGAGUUUCUGGAGCAAUCAGACAAAUGUCUAAGGAAGGUAUUCUGUUCCUCUAUCGUGGUAUUCUCCCUCCUCUAUGCCAGAAGUCCAUCUCCACCUCGCUCAUGUUCGGCAUCUACGAGAACUGUCGCUCAAGGUUGGUAGAUCUGGGCGUGCCCAAAGUCACCAGUACCUUCGUAGCUGCCAACAUCGCAGGAACGACGGAAGCUAUUCUUGCUCCCUUCGAGAGGCUACAAACUCUCAUGCAGCAUAGUCAAUUCCACUCGGAGUUCAAGAACUCCCAGCACGCCAUCAGGGUAAUAGCUGUAAAUUACGGUAUCAGAGAAUUCUAUCGCGGUCUUGUUCCGAUAUUAUUGCGAAACGGACCGUCGAACUUGUUCUUCUUCAUGGCCCGAGAACAAGCGGAUGCCAUUUUACCUAAGGCAGAUUCUUUAAUUGGAAGUACAAUGAAAGGAUUUGUCAUUGGUGCUGUGAUUGGAGCAGUUGGUAGUACAGUGUUUUACCCUCUGAAUGUGAUCAAGGUUCACGUACAAAGUCGGCUCGGCGGGCCGUACCAAUCGACAUGGGGUGCUGUUCGCGAGAUUUACUAUGCUCGUGAUGGCAGUAUGCGAAAGUUUUACCGAGGAGUACAUAUGAAUUAUACCCGAUCUUUCAUUAGCUGGGGAAUUAUUAAUGUUGCUUACGAGAAAUUAAAAGAGCUUUUAAGUCAAGAAUAGGUUAGUUUAUUUGAAUUUUAUUUAUUGUAUUCCAGCUGUUUUAAGCUGUGUAUAUGUGAAGUAUAUUUUUGUUAGUUUGAAUCGUACUACGCCAAAUGCUGAAUCUGUACAUAUACUUGUUCUAUUAUAGCCAUAGGUGUACAUUUGAUUAUGUAAUAUACAGUUCAUGUUCUAUGAAGUUAUGUGUAGUUUGAAACAUUGAUGUUAUACGAGUGUCAAUCCUAUUAAAUUACUAGCCCUGUAUUGUGGUUUAAGAGUCGUUGGAGGCUAGCGGACAUCUUGGAUUAUUUCAAACCGCUGUUAAAUGGUUCAUCCAAAAAUAUUUUUUCAAAUACCAAAGUGAUUGUAUUUUAAAAUAUUUAAGUUAAGUCUUUGUUUCGUGCACUGUGAGAUCAACAAUUUUCUUUGAAGUUUAGUUGUUGUUUUCCAAGGGAGUCAAUACAGGCUAACAGCCAUCUUGGAUUUGCCCGCCAUAAGAGCAAUGUUAAUUUUGUUAAUUUCAUACAGCCGCUGAAGAGUUAUUCACCAUCUCAAAAUAUUUUUUCAAAGACCAAAGUGUUUUUAAUUUUAAUAUCUAGUGCACUGUGUGAUAGAAAUUUCUUUCUACUUUUCUAAUCGUUUUAUGAAUUAAAACGUUUAGGCUCCAAGGACUCUUAAUUGAAAUAGUAGGAAUUACUCAGGCUCUACAUUUUAAUUGACUUGACUUUAAAUUUGUUUGCUUAGAUUAUUAAAUUGUUACCAAUCAGUGCAUCAUAAUACUGUACAUUUUAAUUGAAUAAUCACAGAUUAUUUCCGGGGAAUGUUAUGGUGUUUGCAUUUUUUAAACUUCAAAAUAUAUUUUUUCUAUUUUUAUUAAAUUUUUUUUAAACCUUGGUUUAUCCACAGUUAUUGUAACAAAGUCCUACUUUUACUUUUCUCAUCAUAAAAAAAUCCUCAUUUGAUAAAUAAUGGAGGUAUUAAAUCUAUUAAUUGAAAUACUAACCUGUCACUGAAAAAUGAUAAUGUUAUAUAUUUACAGCUAAAUACCUUGAAAAAUCUUAAAUCAUUAAAAAGACACUAUAAAUUUAAUUACCAAAAACGUACAUCUAAGAAUUUAGGCUAAUUGUAUUUGAAAAUAUUUAAGAGACUGAGAUAAUCAUUUGCCUGUUGAAUCAGUUGAAGUUCACAAUUUGUUGUGUCUUAUCAGUGCUUAUAUUGCGUGUUAGGUCCUCAAUUAGAAACAGGUCAAUGUUUGGUAUU